CUCUCUCCCAGUGCCCCCCAGCUGAUCCCAGUGUGUCCCCGCUCUCUCCCAGUGCCCCCCAGCGUGUCCAUCUCGCUGAUGCCCUCGAGCUCCCAGCCCGGCCCCGACCGCCUGCUCUGCUCCGUGAUGGAUUUCUACCCUGCCCAGAUCCAGGUCAGGUGGUUCCAGGGCCAGCAGGAGCUCUCGGAGCACGUGGUGGCCACCGACGUGGUGGCCAACGGCGACUGGACCUACCAGCUGCUGGUGCUGCUGGAAACGCCGCCCCGGCGCGGGCUCAGCUACACGUGCCAGGUGGAGCACGUCAGCCUGGAGCAGCCGCUGAGACAGCGCUGGGGUACGGGGGAGGCACUGGGGGGC